AUAGAAACAUACAAAGCAAACUAUGGUCAGGGCGUGACCAACGCUCUUUUGCUGGGAUGAAUGCAGGAGCAGAUUUCAGAAGCAGGACAAGACACCCUUUUUUUGACUGAUGACUGACAUAAGGGCAUGUAUGUGAUAGGCCUAUAUGAUUAUGAUGGUCAUAAUGCCUCUUGACAGUGUCAUAAAGUGUAUUUUCUUAGUCCAACUAAAGUGACAUAGGAUGGUCAUAAAGCUUCUUGACAGUAUCAUAAAGUGCAUUUUCUUAGUCCAAGUGAAGUGGCACAGGAUGGUCAUAAUGCAGGUGUAAACAUAUGGGUCAUGACAGUGUUAUGACCAUAAUAUGACAGGUUAUGACAAGUUAUGUUAGCUGUUAUGACAUAUUAUGACAGGGUUAUGACUGUCAUAACAUGACAUGAAGCUGGGUGUCAAGGAAAGUGUUACUUUACAAUAGGCUAAUUAGUAUGAAAGAAUUAUGUUGUCAUGCAUGUGUUGUGCAGUUGAACAUUCUGUCAUUCUUUCCAAAGGAAAACCUAUUUGUUAUUUUUCAGAUGUUGGGGUGCUGCUUUGUAGUGUUGCUAUACAAGAGCAAAAAAGGUGUUGGCUCAGAAUGUUUGCAAACCAAUGUCAAAUUAGUCCCUGAAACAUCAAAAUGUCUAGUCAUUCUCUGGUGACUGGUCUGAAUUUGACUGGAGCCUAUCUGAUCUACUAUUAUUGUGUAAAUGUCAUUACAUGCCAUAGUUUGGGUCUUGGGACCACAAAUUAUUUAACGUUCUAGAUUAUUGAAAAUAAUCUGCCAGAUCAUUUGUUUGGCCUCUAUCUAUGUCAGUACAUUUGGUUACGUUUUUGUGUCAAAGGGUCAUUUUGUGAGAGGGAAGCCCGAACUGAAAGGAACCCCAGGCUCCAUUUUCCUUUGACCUUAGUGUUCAGUGAUUGCAGAUCUGUAAAACCCAGAAGGGUGUAAGCAAUAAUGCGUAUGCUCCCCGAAUGUUGUUAUAUUACCAUAUUGCUUGCACCUAUCCUGUUUGUAUAGAUCUGCAAACCCCAAGAGGUUAGGACCUUGGAGGUGGCGAAAAAUAGUUUUCGGACGGGUCCACAGAGACACAGCUCGCACUGGAGUAUGCAGUGUCCUGGCAUUACAUCGCCGCAUACAUCAUUCAUCAGAGGCACAUAGGGUGUUUCGCGCGGCAGGCAUGGCGGCGCCCUUUGCGCAUUUCGGUGAUGAGUGGCACGAUUUUAAGGAAUUUGAGCCGGUUUCAGAGCAGGGGAUUCGGAUGGACCGAGUAAACUUGGUUGUCGAGCAGGUGACAGACGUUCUGAAGGUCCUUCCCGAGCUCAACAACAGCUUUUCGGACGAAAUGGGCAGCUUAAAGUCCAUGGAAGAUCUGGUGAACAAUUUAGACGAGAAAUUGACAAUGUGUUUCCGAAAUUUCAACACCAAAGCUGAGAACAUUGCCCCUGUAAACAUUAUCGCCGAGGACACAACACUGAGGAACGACGAGAUCUGGAAUGCUCUUGCAGAUAAUUAUGGUAAUGUCAUGGCAGUAGACUGGAAACAGUCUAGAACCCGCACCCUCCAGCUCCCCAGUCUAAACCUCGAAAACAAACCAGUGAGGGUGGAUGAUGCAACACUGGAGCUGUCCGACGAUGAGGAGCUGAGGGAACAGAUGGACAUGCACACCAUCAUCGUCUCCUGCCUCAAUGACGAACCCCUCUUCACCGCAGAACAGGUUAUUGAGGAGAUAGAGGAGAUGAUGCAGGACUCUCCUGACCUGGAGGCAGAGCAGAACCACCCCUCUCAGUCAGACCUCUCCAUGCUCUCUUUAGACAUCCAGCGUUCCAGAACAUACCACAGCUAUGAAGAGCGCGAGAGGACCCUGUGUUUAUCAGAGCUGAAUGAACGGCUAGAGGAGGUGGAGACGGCCAUCAGACGUUACAGUGAGGAGCUGAUUCAACACCUGGCCCUCAGGGACGAACUGGACUUUGAAAAAGAGGUGAAGAACAGCUUCAUCUCUAUCCUGAUAGAUGUGCAGAACAGACAAAAGGAACACAAGGAACUACUGAAGAAAAAGAAAAAACUUAAGAGUGGUGCCGGGGCCCCGCAGGGCCGACCAGAGAGAACACAAGCACUAGGAUCACGCUUCAGCAUGGAGGGCCUCUCCUCUGCCAUUCAAAAUGGCUUCUGGCAAACUUUUGGGAGUGGUGGCAUUGAAAGACAGUAUCUGACCACAGUCAUCCCAUAUGAGAAGAAAGGAGGCCCUCCAUCGGUGGAAGAUCUUCAGAUCCUUACCCAAAUCCUGCAAGCUAUGAGAGACGACAGUGACAAGGUGCCCAGCCUUCUGACAGACUACAUUCUCAAAGCUCUGGUGUGAGAGCCAUGGACAGAGAGGUUUGUGGCACACAUUCAGACACUGUACUGUGUGGUGUAGUUCACUCAUUGCGUGAGAGCACCCCUAGUGGCCACUGAGCUUUAGUGUAAUGUAUCCGUACCCUGCCGUUGUGUCCUGUCACUGCCCUGCCCCACCCCUCACUGUCACACUGCUGCUGUUUAGGGUAUGGUAGACCCCAUUGCUGCUCCUGUUGGUGUCACAAAGUUAUCCCUGACCCACGACCUUGCUUUGCCUAACCCUUCACAUCUUCAAGUCAUCCUAAAUGGACCUUACGGGUUCUACUAAAACGCUCCCUGGGAAUCACUACUUUUACAACCAUCGGAACCGGUUUCUCCCUCUGGGCUCACUGAAUACUAAAUGGCUGUAUUGGCAUAUUGUGUAUUGUUGUCGUAUCUGUUUCAAGUGUGUUUGGAUUCCUUGAGACUGUUUUCCUGAUCAAACCUAGAUACAGGUACUUGGUUAUUUUAUUUCUCCUGUUUUACUAUUUUAUUCCUUUUUCUCCACCCAAGCCUGUUCUAUUUCUUACUUUAUAUUUUCCCGUAGUAGCCUAACUGGCAUUCACACCUAGUCUCAGCCAUACUCAUUAAUAUGUGUUUUUUUCCCACAGUGCUUUGCCCAAAAUAGACUGGAAGGACAAUAACUGACAUUUUGGAAACGAGGUGAGGGAUCUGGUUUCAAUGUCAACAAGCAAAAUGAAGAGGACUUGCUCAGUGUAUAAAAAAAUAAAAACAUAAGAACACUUAAUUUAUUCUUAAUGAUGCAAUGGUAUUUUACCAGUUGCUCCUUUUUGUGUAAUACCCAUAUAUGUUUUAUAGCUCAUUCAGUUUUAUUUCCUCCGUGUUGAGCAUGGUGAUUUCACAAACCUUGUGUAUUUGACUACUUCAAGUAUUUAAAAAAAAAUAGUUUUUACUUUAUGUACAGUGUAAAAUUCAGUUCUCAAAGUCAUAAGAAAGAUACUCAUACAUUCUAGUGUAGCGUCUACUGUAUGUGGCUGAUUUCAAACAGCCUUUUUGGACGAAAGGGAGCCUUACAUUUUUGGCCCUGAAGUAUGAUCGAAGCUGCUCAUAUCCAAAGGUUUGUGUCUUAAUUGGAUUAACCUAAUCUGAAGGUCUCAGAAACGACUGAGCUGCACUCCACAGCACUUGUAAUAUCAGGGAUAUGAAACAUUUUAGAUUAGUUUUUAAAGUGCUUAAAUACAUUUCAGUAAUAAAACAAACCUUGAACUAAAUACUAACAUUUUUCUACACAACUCAGUCCACCAUUUGGCCUCCCUAAAAGCACUGCACAUGUAUUUUGUAGUCAUAGCUAAAUACUGUAGUAGUACCAUUGUUGUCAUACUUAGAAGGAAUUGCAAAGGUAAUGUGAACGGAACUGUAAUUAAUUACAGAGCACUGAUGUGACUACUAGCUAUGCAUUUGAGUAAAUAAUGGCUCACUGAAGCCCUGAAUCAGAGGCACCAUGCAGCCCAGACCUGGCCAGCCUGUGAAGGCUGUGCACACAAGCUGGGCAUUAUUAUAUUUCUAUACACAAUAAAUUAAGAUGCCUUUGCCUUUGCCAGAAUUUUUUGUACAUUGACUUAUUUUUAACAAAAUGUUAUUAUACUAAGCUACUUAUCUGCUAAACUAUUAAUUUACUUUGUAAAUAUUUUAUUUCAAAUAAAUGUAUAAAGUCAAUGAAAAACCCAA